AUGAAUUCAGUAUUCGAAAAUAUCGACAGUCUUGCCCAAGGAACUUGUAAGUUUUGGAUUACCAACGUCCAAAAUGGGGAAAAUGAAAUAUAUAAUGGCCAUUUGUAUAGGGUGGGCAAGUCAAAAAUUCUUGAGGAAGGCAGCUAUAGCUUGACCUCAAAAUUCCUAAUAAAAUCAAACCAAAAUACUCAAAAAAUGGUUCCUCUUGAAUGAAAGGUUAUGGAAUCUUUUAAAUAUAUUUAAAUGCAAGGCGACGAGCAGAGAUCAUUCUGUAGCGUGUAAACUUAUAUAUGCAAUUUUUGGGGUAUAAUAGGGCGGCAUUUUCUAGAGGAUUUAGUCAAAAAUUUUUUAAAAUUUUAAAUGGAUUUUCAAAACAAAAUUUCUACCAAAUUUCUAGAAAUCCAUCAUUAUCAAAAGUGCACAAUCAAACGGCAUAGCUCUAGGCGAAUCCCAAUUUAAUUUUCUAUGUUUUGGUGGCCUAGCUUAAAAUUAGCAUUUUUUGGAGCCAGAUAUUUGAUGCCCCGCGAGCAAAGCCAUUAGAAAGAUCCUAUUUUUUGCCCCUUCGUGACUAAAAACAAAAAGAUUUUUGUUGACCAAAUGUCUGACAGGGAAAAAAAUUUCAAUCAAAAAUGUUCAGAAAAUGUCUGCCAGUAAAAAAACCUUAUGAACAUUGACACUGGGCUGGGCGUGAUCAACAUAAUCCUUAAAUAUAGCAAAGCUUGCAUUGAGUGAGAAACCAAGUUUCCUGCGGUAUUCAGACUUCUUAAAUUUGCCGCCUCACAGCUGCUGCCUAGCUAGCAUGAAGAUGAGCGGUGCAGAAAACUAGGAACUUAAAAUACUUCGCUUAAUUUAAUCUAUGGAGCCUUUUGUUGAAGAAAGCAGAAAUGCUCCUCGCUACGGUUUCAGGCUAGGCCAUAUCGGCCACAUGAAGGACUUUUACGUGCCCGACACCAAAAGUCUUGAAAUUUGAAUUGAAAAAAUGUCUGACUUGUGCAUAAUGACAGAUAUAGAAAAUGAUUAUUAUUUUAUAAAACCAAUUGGAAAAGGCCAAUCUGCUCAGAUUUUUCUAGCAGAAAGAGCUAAUAAUAAUAAGCAAUACGCGAUUAAAGCUAUCACAAAAAUCAAAUUAGUAGAAAAUCCAGACAUUUUAAGAAACUUAACCAACGAAAUAAAAAUUAUGAGGCAAUGUAGUCAAGUACAGAUCUUAAACUCCUAUAAAUUGUGUUUUAAUAGUUUAGGAGGUAGGGAUGCUGUUCAAGCUUGGUCACUUGUCAAUCAUUUUUUGACAUUUCGCGUUUUAGUCCUUGAUAUCAUAGAGAUCCAGCCCAUCCCCUUCAAUAUUAUCUUCAAGGUCUUUCCCAGUCUGCUCGAUAAAGAAUCUAUAUAGGGGCAUAGGCUAUACUCUGAAUUACUAAAUUAUUAUGAGUUGUGAAUAUUUGAACACUAGUAAAUUUAUCUACUAGCCAUGACCAGCUUGCUAUUUUGCAGUCGAAUAGCAGAUGGUUUUGGUCGGUAGGGAAGUUUACUGCAAAUAUAAACAACAUGCUAUCAUAUAUAUAUCUAAUUAUAUAACGGGGGUUGGGAUUUAUAAUUGACCAGGCAAUGUAACCACCCAAAUAUUUUGAAGCUUCAUAGAGUUUAUGAGAGUGGGACUCAUAUUUAUCUCGUCCUAGAUUACGCAGAAGGAGGAGACCUUUUUACAAGAAUAAUAAAGAGGAAAAGGUUCACUGAAGAAACAAUACUUCAGCUUAGCUAUAGGCUGAUGAGUGUCCUCAGUUAUCUGGACUCUUUAAAUAUUGUUCACAGAGAUAUAAAGCUUGAGAACAUUUUAAUGGUCUCUGAGGGCAAUGACUACGACUUCAAAUUAGCCGAUUUUGGGCUGUCAGAAGAAGUCAUUGGAUCUCUUUACAAAAAGUGUGGGUCUCCUGGGUAUAUAGCACCUGAAAUAAUAACCGGCAUUCCAUAUGGAACCAAAGUAGACCUGUUCAGCGCUGGAGUUGUCCUAUUUAUUUUAUUAACUGGGAAAAUGCCAUUUGGAGGGAAAACAACUCGUGAUAUUUUAUUAAGAAAUAAAGACUGCAAAAUAGCUUUCCAAGAGUCUAUUUGGAAGAACCUUACAAAGAAUUGCUUAUCCUUUGUCUCUAAUCUUCUGCAGAGAGACCAAAAUUUUAGGGCAAAUGCAAGAGACCUCUUGAAUCAUCCAUGAUUUUCUGAAAAUGAAUUUAAAUUACAAGAAACUAAAGACAUAAACUCAUGUGCAGAAGAAAUCAGGAAGAAAAUAAAAUUUUAA